AUGGCGUUCUAUAAUAAGAGAAAGAAUGAGGAUGUAUUAUGUCAGUUUAUCAAUGGCCUGAAUAAAGAUCUAAAGGAGGUGUUGAUUCGACAAGAUGACCUUUUGGAAAGGUCAGUGGAAAGUAUUCUGAAGCAAAUUUCAACACUGGAAGAACAGGGAGUUACCAAGAAAGUAUCUGCAGCAAUGGAGAUCCCUGUAUACAAGAGUAAAGAGCAUGGUGAUCUAGAGGACAUUCUUCAGAGAACAGUCGAGCAGAAGGUCGAGAAAACGUUCAAGAGGCUGCAGUUGUGAAGAAAGGAGGUAAGCGUAUGGGAAGAAGAGUAAGACCGGGUCCCAAACCUACUGAUAUCUGUCGGGCUUGUAAAGGACAAGGACAGUGGGCCCGAAACUGCCUGUCUUUAAACGAGAAAGAGGCUGGCCCAGGGCCCCGACACCAGCCUUAGGUAACCAGAGAAGGGCCAUCAUGUAUCCUUAUCGAAGUCCAGUAGAACAAACGAAAGUCAACACAGUACAAGAGGUAAAUAGUUACAAAGGUUAUCAUGUUAGAGCUGCUGUAACAAUGUGGAGACAAACUUUCUCAUAGAUACUGGUGCAGAAGUAAGUUUGAUUUCUGCAGAUAUACCAGGUUUAAUUAUUAAAGAAUCCCAAGUGCAUCCAGUUUCAAUAACUCAUCAGCCAAUUGUUGUUAAGGGUGAGACUGAGGUAUCGUUAAACUUAGGGAGUUUAAAUACCACUUGGAAGUUUCUUGUUGUUGAAACCAUGACGAAUCUGUUCUCGGGGCAGAAUUUAUAGCUGAACACCACAAGGGCUCAUGGGGUUUAAAGAACAAUAAACUUUGGUUUGACGAUAUAGCUAUUCCCUUAAAUGAUACCCAACAAGUUCGAAUCGUAAAGGGAGAUAAUUCUUGUCCAGUAAUUGCAAAAUGCACUGUAGAACGUCCAGUCAGACACCAACUACUAAUUCCAAUGCGAACUAAGGAUAGGACCAGCCGAGAUGGAAUAUUCGAGUCCUGUGAGACACCUGGUGGGGUGUUGCUAACAAAAACUGUUGUACAACCAAGUAAAGACGGUUUUUUGUUAAGGCAGUAAAUCUGAACUUUGAAAAUGUUAGAUUAUUCAAAAAUAAAAAAAAAAUUGGGAAACUAUCAGAUAUUGAAGAGGUUUUAAACACGGUCCACGACUACCAGAUUCAGCAUGACGAGCAUCCAGUUGUCUCUUCCAUCCAGACUGAGAACAUUGAUUUUUUGCAUGAUAUUGGUGUAGAGUUAAACCAGAGUGAUCUAAAGAGGCAUGAAAGAAACAACUUGAGAAGCUUCUCUUCUCCUACUCAGAUGUUUUCUCAAAAAACAAACGAGACCUAGGGACAUGUACAGUAAGUUAGGGACAAAACAUCACAUACACCUAAAACCAGAUACAGUACUGGGCCAGUCAAACAACCAUUACGCCGAAUUCCAUUCGCUUAUCAGGAAGAGGUCAAAAAUGAUUUGAAAAAUAUGAUAAAGGAUGGAAUAAUAGAGAAAUCGGUUUCUGAAUGGGCGAGCCCCCUAGUCCCAGUUAGGAAGUCAUCAGGAGACCUGCAGAUGUGUGUUGACUAUCGGAAAUUAAAUGAGGGCACAAUGUUAACAAGUUUACCCACUGCCAUACUUAACUGAAACACUUGAUCGUUUAGCUGGAGCAUCUUAUUUCACAUCGAUUGAUAUGGUAUCCGGAUACCAUCAGGUUGAAGUGGCCGGUGAAGAUAAAGAGAAAACUGCAUUUGUAUCCCCAUAUGGACUAUUUCAGUACUGUAGGAUGCCCUAUGGGCUGCCAGGGGCACUGACAUCCUUUCAAUCUGUUGUCGAGGACAUGAUCGAAGUAUUGGAGACUGAAAAUAUCAUGGCCUACUGUACCUUGAUGAUGUUAUUUGUUUUCACGCCACCUUUGACAAGCAUUUGGAAGGAAAUCAGAAAUUGCUUGAGAUGGUAAGAAGAGCCGGUUUUAAACUAUCCGGGAAGAAAUGCCAAUUUGCUAAACUUUCUAUAAGAUUCCUGGGUCACAUUAUCGACAAUACUGGUGUUAGACCGCUACCUGAGAAACUAGAUAUUAUCAGGAAUUGGAAGGCUCCUGAGAGUGAGGGUGAAUUGCGGCGAUUUCUUGGAGUGUGCACGUUUAGGAGGAGAUUUGUGAAAGAUUUUGCCAAAAUAGCCGUUCCACUUCACAAUCUUUUAAAUAAAGAGGAAUUCUUAUGGACGAAUGAAUGUCAGGAUGCGUUUAACCUGUUGAAAGAAUUGUUGUGUUCUUCGGUGACGUUGAAACUUCCACAGCGUGUCGGUCGGUUCUCUGUGACAUGUGAUGCAUCAGAUUUCGCGGUGGGUUACUGCCUUGAACAGGCUGAUAAAUCUGGCCAAAAGCGCCCAGUUGCUUUUGGAGGAAGGAAAUCAGAAGGCGGAAACAAUUGCGAAGAAAGUUUUUGAUGGUUGGAUCCCUCGGCAUGGAGCACCCGAACAACUCCAAGGGAAUAAUCGAACAGCUGAAGUCAUCCGUGAGGUAUGCUUAUUCCGCCUAGAAAUUUGGAAUACGCGAACAACACCUUUCCACCCACAGUCAGAUGGGGCGUCAGAGAGGAGCAUCCGAACCGUUAGCCAAGGUUGUUACUGAGGAUCAACGGAAUUGGGAUUUGUAUGCGUCGUCUACUUGUUUCGCAUACAAUACAGCAGUUCACAGUACCACUGGUUAUACGCCUAGUUACCUCGAAUAUGGAAGGGAACUCCGUCUACCAAGCGAUCUUGUUACGAAUGAUCAACAAACCUCAAAGAAUAAGUCUCACACCGAGUAUGCAACAGAACUGAAGAAAAAGCUUGCUAAGUCGUUCGAAUGCAGCAGGGAAACGCUCGGGUCAUCUCACAGAAAGUAUUGCCAAGAAAUAACUUGUCCCCCGUCUGCCCGCGUCUUGCGUCCACUCUGCCCGCGUCCUGCCUCCAGAGCGCCCGCGUCCGGCCACCACGACGCCCGCGUCCGGCCACCACGACGCCCGCGUCUUGCGUCUACUCUGCCCGCGUCCUGCCUCCAAAGCGCCCGCGUACUCGUAGUUUGUCGUGAGAAUACAGAUCAGUGUCACUGAUCGGAGAAGCAAGAAUAAAAAGUUGAAUCCGAAAUCGAGUUUCAUUGAACCUAAGCGUUACACUUAGUAUAACCAUUUUAUAAUGUUAUUCGUUAUACUACAGUAAGCGUAGUGCUUUCACAAUGCAAUCACACGUACUUGAGUGGCGAUUGAAGCGUAUAUGACUGUAUAUUGGAGCGUAAAAUAGACAUAAACUAUAUAUAAAUAUAAUGUAGACACAUAUACUAAACUCAGUGAGAUCACGACUACAACGAGUAUAUAUCUCGCAACACAUUCAUUUGCUACUCAAAUUCUGACUUACCUCGUAGAAGAUUGCCGAUUAGUUGAUAUGCAAUUCUGUACUGAUUUGAAUUAUGUUAUGUCUCCGUAACUUGUCAGUAUAUUAAAACGAAGAUGCUCAUUUACAAUAUAUAUAUAUUUACAAUAUAUAUAUAUAUAUAUAUAUAUAUAUAUAUAUAUAUAUAUAUAUAUAUAUAUAUAUAUAUAUAUAUAUAUAUAUAUAUAUAUAUAUAUAUAUAUAUAUAUAUAUAUAUAUAUAUAUAUAUAUAGUGCUUUUGAUUUUUCAUAUAAAAUACCAUUACUACGAGGCACUAUAUAACUUUAUUUACAGCAACAAGUUUGUGUUGUUUUUCCAAAGCAGUAAAUGCACAUGGUGCAUUAUCAUCAUACAUAUUAUCAUGCAUAUUAUCAUCAUUUUAUCAAAGGCAAUGAAGAUCAAAAAAGGUACUAUAAAUCAUACUCUAAUACUUUAACUCAUUUGAAAGAAUUGAGUAAAAAGUUAUAUUUUAAAAAUAAAAUAACAAAAAUUCAAGGUAAUAUAAAAGAAACAUGGAAAAUUAUUAACCAAAUAGUUAAAAUAAGGUCUAAAGGUUCUAUUACUCCAGACAAGAUAAAUAAUAAUGGCGUUGAAUUUGAUCAUCCGCAGGAUAUUGCCAAUCAAUUCAACAUCUUCUUCAGAGAUAUUGGUCCUCAACUUGCAGAAAAAAUAUCUCCUUCCAAUAAAGACUUUCGAGAUUAUCUUACUCCUUUGAAUACUCACGAAAGUUUCUUUCUUACACCUACAACUCCUAAUGAAGUGGCUUCUAUGAUAAAUGAGAUCGAUGCCUCAAAGGCUUUGGGCCCUCAUGGAAUUCCUAUUAGUUUACUGAAACUUGCAAAACCAGUUAUUGCAUCAGAACUGAGUGAAUUAUAUAAUUUUUCAUUUACUUCUGGUAUAUUUCCUGAAGAACUCAAGCUCUCGCGAGUAAUCCCUCUUUAUAAAAAUGAAUCGAUUCACUUGUUAUCAAAUUACAGACCUAUUUCCUUACUUUCACCAUUCUCAAAAAUAGGUACGCAAUGCGUACAUGUGGUUAGCCUGGUAAACUUUAACUCCCCAAACCCUCCUCCAAACCCAGAAAGCCUGCCAUGCUGGUUAACUUUAAUAGUAAUAAGAAGACACACCACGAUGGUCGGAAUGCGCAAAUUUUCUCCCACUUGUGCAGGCUCAUUUUGUCAGUGGAGUUUCACGGUACACUUGAAAAAUACCGUGUCAUAUCUCGUCGCUUCCCAUGUAAAUAGCGAAUUCAUGAAUAACACUUGAAUAAACACAAAUAUGUUAAAAUGCUAGGCUUUUGAAUAAAACGAUUGUAAAAAGUUUCCGUGUGAUCUAUUAGCAAUUUAAAAGAUACCUAAACUGUAAUACUGCCAUAUAUUUAAUCUCGCGUUUGUUAUUUGCGCAGCAGCAGUUUUGCCGUGGAAUUAAAAUUGCGUGUCAUAUGAUAUUUUUAAUAGGCAAAUAGCGUUUGAGAUAUAGCAACAUUAACAAACAAAUACACUGAAAUCUUGGUUAGCACACCAACUUUUACCACUUUUAAUGCAAUAUUACUAAACUGUAAUACUGCCAUAUAUAUUUAAUCUCGCGUUUGUUAUUUGCGCAACACCAGUUUUGCCGUGGAAUUAAAAUUGCGUGUCAUAUGAUAUUUUAAAAGGCAAAUAGCGUUUGAGAUAUAGGCCUAGCAAUAUUAGCAAACAAAUACACUGAAAUCUUGGUUAGCACACCAACUUUUACCACUUUUAAUGCAAUAUUAGUCAACUUAUAAGAGAACGUGAGACAAAUCAUGCUGAAUUAUUCCACUAUAUAAUUCCUAAGACAGACAGACGCAAUAAUCCUUUAUAGGUUUAUAUAUAUAUAUAUAUAUAUAUAUAUAUAUAUAUAUAUAUAUAUAUAUAUAUAUAUAUAUAUAUAUAUAUAUAUAUAUAUAUAUAUAUAUAUAUAUAUAUAUAUAUAUAUAUAUAGUACAAAUAUGUAGACAUUUGAGACGCCGUCAAUGUCUGAAGAAAAGGUAUACUUAAAGCCUUUAAAUAAACGAGUUCGAUGUACAGUUUCUGGUCUUUUACCAUAAUUAUCCAAUGCUGGUUUUAUUCGCUGCAUUAUAAACGUACCUCCUCCAAACAAUACCCCUUCUUUAAAAUACCAAACAUUUCGAAUGCAAUUGAGAUAUGAAAUCUCAACAAGAAGACAAUUCAAGAUGGCAAAUGGCCCGCAAAUCAGUCAAAAGUGUAAAUCAAAACCCAUAUUUACACGGCGAGUACGCGCAAUUUCUGAUCGGUUUCGACACCAUAGGUUGAAGCCAUGAAGAUAAACUUUAUUUUAAUUUUCUGGUUUAACAACCUCACCAGUACUGCGUCGUAACAAACUAACAACAUCACUAGUAUUGCCUCGAAAUGCAAAUGUGAAAUGUCGGCAGAAAAAUACGGGCGCUUCCGAUUGCUCCCGAUACUUUACGAAAAUCCGGACUGGACACCAUGAUCAUCAUCGCUCAUCGCGUUUGUGUACUAUGUGAUAAUGGCUAGCCCGCAAACGGGCUAGCCACAAAAAUGUUAGAAAAAUUAAUGUGCAAACGACUAUUAUCAUAUUUGAAUAAAAAGGACAUUAUAUACAAAUACCAAUUUAGAUUUCGGAAAAAUCAUUCAACAACGUUGGCAUUAAUUGAAAUUAUUGACAAUAUUCUUAAUGCCAUGGAUAAGGGGCUUUAUACUUGUGGAAUAUUUAUUGAUUUUUCAAAGGCAUUUGAUACUAUCAACCACACGAUUCUCCUUUCCAAGUUGGAGCACUAUGGUAUUCGUAGCGUUGCGUUACAUUGGUUUAGAACCUAUCUAACGGAUCGCUCACAAUUUGUAGACCUUAAUGGGACACUCUCAAACACUAUUAAAACAAACUGUGGAGUUCCACAGGGUUCAAAUUUAGGCCCACUAUUAUUUCUUAUUUAUGUUAUAAAUGACAUCUCGAAUUGCAGCAAUGUUUUAAAAUUGCGGUUGUUUGCAGACGACACUAAUGCUUUUUUGGAAAAUAGUAAUAUACUAACUUUAACCACAAUGGUUAAUGUUGAAUUAGAAAAACUUACCAAUUGGAUUAAAGCAAAUAAAUUAUCGCUAAAUAUAAAAAAAUCGAAAUUUAUGAUAUUUUCAUCCGAUAGAAAACAAUUUCACUAUAUUCCAAAUAUCAAGUUAGAUGGCUGUUCACUAGAGCAGUCAGAAUUUUUUAAAUAUCUGGGUGUCCUUCUUGACAGAAACUUGAGUUGGAAAUUUCAUAUAAACGUUAUAUGUAAGAAACUUUCCAAGAAUAUUGGCAUGAUUUCAAAAUUACGUCACUAUGUUGAUCUUGACACACUAAAAAAUGUUUAUUACUCCCUAAUAUAUCCUUACCUUUAUAAUGGGGCAAUUAUUUGGGGAAAUACGUACCAGUCACGUCUUAAUCAGUUAAACAUUUUAAACAACAAAGCUGUCAGGAUCAUGACUUUUUCUGAACCUCGAUCCCAUGCUCCACCUAUCUACAAAUUACUAGGUAUUCUUCAAGUAAAAAACAUUGUUUACACCCAAAAAUGUACUUUUAUGUACGAUUACUUUAAUAAUAGGUUACCAGUAGCAUUUUCUAAUUAUUUUACACACUCUUCAGAAAUACAUCAACAUUAUACUCGAUAUUCAACCCAUAACUUUCAUCUGCCAUCUGUUUCUAGUAACUCAGGAAAAUACUCAUUAAAAUUUUCUGGAAUAAAAAUCUGGAGUUCUCUUGAUAAUCAAGACAAAUUACUACCUAGGAAAUCUCUAAUAAAAAGAAUUAAAAAGAAUUGCCUUGAUACCUAUUCCUAAUAUCAAAUGUUUACUUACUAUAAUCAAAUCAAACCUAUUGUGUGUGAUACAAAUUGUUAAUGUACAGUAUGUGUGUAUAUAUGUGUUUAUUAUAUUUCUAUAUAUAUUUCUAAAUUUAUUUUUCUUUUGUAUUAUUAUUUGCCUUUUUUAAUUCAUUGUUGUAUAUAGUUCUUAUGGGGAAUUGGCUCGAAAACUUUAGUUACUCCAAUUCCCCAGCACCGUUCUCACUUUAUU